AUGGCUGGCGACUGGUCCUCAUCGUCGUCGACGGCCGCAGUGCCGGCGGCCAAGGGCGUGGAGAGAAGGCUGGCUCGGCACCACCAGGCCGUGGUCGGCUUCCUGCUGGGUUUCUUCGUCAGCGUCGUGCUCUACACCACGGUGUCCUGCCUGCUCCGGUUCACCAAUACCCUUGUCAUUCUGCAGCCCACGUCGGGCGAGCGUACCGAACAAAGUGCCAGGACUGCUCCUCCUCUAGUGUUGUCGACACCUAAUCAUUCUACUGAAGCGGCAGUGCAUGACAUAGAAAAUGGGCAGAAGGAUGAGGUAACCAAGACGAUGGGGAAAGAACGUCAAACAGCAAAUGAUGCUAGCGGCAAGUUGGAGGAAGAGCUCAUUCGGCAAGAACUCGAUCAAGACGGUGAUGGGAAUAAUAGAAGCAACGUCAAACAUGGUGCUCCAGGCAAGCCCAUCUGCGACCUGUCGGACCCUAGGUAUGCCAUCUGCGAGAUCUCUGGGGACGCCCGUGCCAUCGGCGCCAACUGUACUGUCUUCCAUGUCCCGCCUGCCGAUGAGCGCGGCUCUGACGGCCUGGAAUGGGCCAUCAGGGACCAGUCUCGCAAGGACCUCGGAUACAUCAACAAGGUGAAUGUCAAGACCCUGAGCGCCGCCCAGUCGCUGGUGGCGCCGGAGUGCACCUCCCGGCACGCUGUCCCGGCCAUUGUGUUCGCGAUGAACGGGCUCACGUCCAACCCAUGGCACGACUUCAGCGACGUUCUGAUCCCGCUCUUCAUCACCACUCGCGCCUAUGAUGGCGAGAUCCAGUUCCUCGUCACCGAUCUCCGGCCGUGGUUUGUGGACAAGUACCACCUCAUCCUCACCAACCUGUCACGCUACGACAUCAUCGACUUCAACAAGGACACUGGUGUCCGGUGCUACCCACACAUCAUAGUCGGCCUACGCAGCCACGGCGACCUCAGCAUUGACCCGGCCCGCGCGCCGCACAACUACACAAUGCUGGACUUCCGCAUGUACAUCCGAGACGUCUUCUCACUGCCGCCGGAAGGCCAAGGAAUCCCGUACAAGGAGACUAACAAGAAGAACAAAAACGGUGGCACUAGCACGGAGGAACAAAAGCCGCGCCUCAUGCUCAUCAACCGCGCCGGGAUCAGGAAGUUCGUCAACCUUCCAGAGAUCUCCGCGGCGGUGCAGGCCGCCGGGUUCGAGGUGCUGGUCGUGGAGCCGCUCCGUGACAUGAGCCUCGAGGAUUUCUCUCGGCAGGUGGACUCAUGCGACGUGCUGAUGGGAGCGCACGGGGCCGCGCUCACAAGCUUCUUCUUCCUCCGCACCAACGCGGUCAUGCUACAGGUGGUGCCAUGGGGCUUAGAGAGGGAGGCCAUGAGUUACUUCGGCGUGCAUGCCAAGAACAUGAUGUUGCAGGACAUCGAGUACAGCAUCACCGUCGAGGAGAGCACGCUGUAUGAGAAGUAUGGCAAAUACCACCUGGCGGUACGUGACCCAGAGGCCCUACGUAAGCAGGGGUGGCAGUUGUUAAGGCAGUACUUGUGGGACGAGCAGGACAUCAGGCUCAACGUCACCAGAUUUUCUUUGACUCUACACCAGCUGCUUCGAACGCUCGGUGAAUAG